AUGGCGAAUGGCAUGAACGACGCGCCCAGCGAUGCGUCAAAAGCCCUAUUUCAGAAGCUACGGCCUCAUUGUGUAGCCGUACUACGUCAUGGAUCAUCUCCUACCUCUUCUUCCGUGUUGAUUUCGUCGCUGGCCUCGCUGUAUACGUGUCUUUCAACGUUGCAAGACCCACUUUCCCCGGCCCUGAUCCACUAUGUGUUCUAUCCUCUGUCGCAACUACUCCGAUCGCAAACGCAGAGCUUGUUCUCUCUUCCUGAUCGCGUUCGUGAGCUAGUCUUUCUGAAUCUUGGAUGUCUGGCACGCGAUUGGUGGCAGACAUGGACGUGGGCGCAUGUCUCGCGUACGGCCACAGGUUUGACGACCCCACCUACAUUGGAGCAGUCGACCGAUUGGAAGGUGUGGGAACAGUUACUCUUGUUAGGUGUGAUGGCACUCAGCGGGGGCCCUUCCCCAUCCACCACUGUACCUAAUAGCGAUGAGACCAAGCUGGCCAUCGCGCAAUUCUUGGUACAAUUGCUCGCGCCACGACGUGAGACUACACCAGACGAACCAUGGGAAUGGGAUGGCAUAUCUGACCUUCCACUCAUGGACGAGAGCGAAGAUGCAAGUAUAGGCAACAUACUCAGUACGCAAGCCUAUCCCGCUCGUUCCCAUACAAGGGCAGCGCGAGAUGUCAGUGCCUGUGCAGGAGCCUUGGCGCAUAUCCUCAAAGUAGCACUGGAUACCAGUCGGAAAGAAGAGGCGCCUAUAGUACUGCGCAAAACGAUGCUCCAGCUUGCUGGGAUCGUAAGCUUUGUGUGGCUUUCGGGGGUCGAGUAUGGCAUUGAUUCGUCAGGCACCAUUGUUCUAUCCGACCAUCGAACACCUACAACGAAUCUACCAACAGCACGCGCCUGUGCAGAGCGACUUCGGCCUGUGCUCCCAGGCAUGACUAGUGCAUUGAUUAAGCUGGCAUCAAGCCGUGCGCCUGCCGAGUUGGUGGGACAGGCGCUUCGUGUGCUCACUGCUGCAUUGGUGAUUUGCCUUGGUGAUGUCGUGACAGAAGCUCAGCGUCCAGCCCCGUCGGAAGCGUCAGCACAUACGAUUCCCACUAGUCUUGAAGAUUUCGGCACAAUGACUUGGACGCACGAGGAGCCGAUCAGUGCUGCGAUCGAAGAACUGGAUUCACCGAGUGACACGGAUUCAAUGAGCGAGGCAAGUGAAAGGAGUAUGGCACCUUCCUCUGUCACAUCCAUCUCGGACAAUGGCAGACCAUUACCUUGGCUGGCGCGUACAAUGCAGCCAGUGCUAGUAGCCCUAUCCUCUUUGCCUUCUGUGGCCGCACGUGAAGAUCCGCCUAGUCAGCUGGCUAUGGUGGAUGUCGCAUAUGCCCUGCUUGUUUGUAUGACAGAGACCAUGACCUGGGCUGCCAGGUCGUCACUGGGCUAUGAGCCAUGCCAAGAUCUAGUGCGCAUUCUCUUGGACCUGGCUUCGUCGCAUCAUGUGAUCCGGGUCACAGAUGCUGCAUGGCAAGCGCUCAACGACGUGGCACCUACGCGCUUCGCCAUACUGGACAAUGAAUGGGACCAGAUUUUAGACUCCCUUCCAGCCUGUAUUCAUAUGGUGCAAGACACCAACGUGCAAGUAUAUGCACGUCGAGCUAGUGUUCUUUCGAUCCUUCUUUCACAAUCACUUGUGCAGGCACAGUGGGCUGCGCCUACCAAGGGAUUGGCCCGUAUUCUUUCGCCUGAAGGCCAAGUGGAACAGUGGGGCGGUGCAUUGGUAUCCGCAUUGGGGCAGCCUAUACCGGCCGUCUUGAUUCUCGCUGACGAAGUUCCGCAUUAUCGCCCUGCCUUGGCGCGGCUAGAAGCAGGCAGUAUCGAUGCGCUAGCGAGAAUGUGGUUUGAUAUGGGCUCGGCUUUAGCUGCCCUCCUCCUCCAAGGCACAAACCAUCCCCUUACGGGCCUCUCUAAAAGUGUCUUUGCUGUGCCCAUGUACUUUGUGCGUACAGCCAAACUGGAGAGACACGCUCGUUGGCAUAGAUCACUGGCCAGCUUGGUCGUGGCGAAUGAAAUGUUGCUGGGCAUUAGCGAUGUCUUAGCAACGUCCGACAUUGAAGCCAUACGAGUGGAGCCUACGCAUCGCCGCCUACGCAAAACUGUGCACGCCUUCGCGAAGCACAUAAUGCAAGAGGUGCAGUCCAUAUGGCAAGGGGAUGUGGACCGACCCGAAAUACCACAAGCUGCACCCGACCAAGCGAUCACAGACGUGGUGUCCACAGACACGAGCACAGAGCUCGUGCGAGGACUGGAACAGCACUUGUCACUCGAGUCUGCGUCGCCAACUAUGAUCACUGCGGGUCCCGCUGUGGAUGUAUCGUUUGUGCAUGCCGCCCAAGUGGAUGGAGAGAAACGGACUGUACCCUUAGCGGAGCAGGAGCAGAAAGCUUUACAACAGCGAGACCGGCUGCGGGAUCAGUGCGAUGCGCUUCUCUUGUGUAUGCUAGCGUCAGCUGCCGAGCUCUUAGGCGUCGCAGGUCGGACACAGCUCUUGCAUACCUUAUACCCCGUGCUAAGUGCUAUGGGUCGACGCGAAGAAAUGGUCCAGCUUGCAGCACAAUACGCCUUGGACAGAAUAGCUCAGGCUUGCGCGUAUCCAAGUAUCCAGAGCUGCGUCCUUCAUCAUACCGACUACGUCUUGGGUGCCGCCAGCCAUCGCUUGAUGGCGGGUCUGCGUGCCGAAUUGUAUGCCGGACAACCUCGUGCAUCUAUUAUGUCCACAUCGCCGCAGGGGCAUCUUCUCAGUGCGAGAACAGCGCCAUGGGUAUUGGUCCAAGUGAUUCAGAUGCUAGGCGCCGAAGCACUGCCCCUGGUGGAGGAUGCAAUUGAUGAGGUGAUGACAGCGCUCGACAAGUUCCAUGAAUACGACGAUGUAUGCGAUGGCUUGUUGGCCGUCCUUGCACGCCUUUUGCAAGUUAUGGCACCAGGGACGCCACCCCCACCUGCCGUAGAGCCGGUGACAAAGUCGGCCACCGACGCCUUUGCAGCAUGGUAUGCGUCGCGGCAUUCGUCCGAAGAGAUGGAUGGGCUUGAAGGUGAUAUCCCUGCCGAGGAAGGAGAGGAAAAGGAGGACCCAAACCCUCCGCCUGAUCGCUUGCAAACCAUUGUAACAGAGAUGACGACGCGAUGCCUUCCCUUCCUGAGUCAUGCAAGUGCUAUGAUCCGUUCUCGCUCGUUGGAUAUGCUGGCAGACGGUGUACGAAUUCUUGCUCCGCAGCAGCGUACAGCAGGACUAUACCCGCUCCUGGACCGUGCAUGGCCCUUGAUUCUGGCACGUCUCGGGACAAGUACCACAUCCGCCCAGCGUAAGACCGAGCAAGAUCCGAACGUGUGGAUGCACGCCACGGCCUUGAUUGGUACGAUGGGGCAGUAUGCCAGUGGUAUAUUUGCCCGUCGAAUCGUACAGGAGGCGUGGCCACGUUGGCAAGCGUGCUUGGUUUCAUUGUCGUCCUGCUCCUCUUUCAUGCCUCGGGGAAAGCUGCCAGCUUCUACUUCGCAGGCCACAGAAAUGUCACCUACCGCACCACGCAUAUACGACGAACAUUCGGCACUGGGGCACAUGGUACAGGCAGUACUAAAAGCACUCACACAAUUGCUACAAGGGGUGGGUACCCAUAUCGAGAGUGCUAGUGUUUGGUCGAUGGCUACCUAUCCCUUCCUUGUAGACGCCUUGGAUGAACGACAAGCGCCCGCCAUUCGUACAACAGCCUAUGCAUGGCUCCAGGCGAUGGUCGUUACCGAUUCGAUGGCAAUGUGGGCCGCUUGCCGGGCGAUGCGAGGCGAGAGCCCACCGUGGCAUAUUCGUCGUGCCAUUCAUUGGUAUACACCUAUGACUGCUACAAUUACAUGGUAA